AGCUCGGUCGCGGUGCCAAGGAGCAGGAGCAAGAGCCGGAGUUUGCUCGCUCGGAAAAUGGGAAACUCUCGCCGAAGGGCGCUGCAUUUCUUUUAACUUAAUUUCCUUGUCGUCUCCUCUCCUGAUCCCUUCCUCUCUAUUCCUAAUCUUAGAGACAGGUCUUUCAAAAUAAUUCAGAAAAGCAGUUUUGAUGCAGAAAAACUUAAUGGAAAAACCUGAAGAAUUUAGGUGAGACUGACAGAUCAUGCAGUCGUCAGGGCACCGGUUUCGGGAUGUUGACCAUCAUCCUCUGCUGAGCUCCGAAGAUGACUUUGAGUGCUCGUCUGGAAAUGUGGAAGUCGUGGAUCGGAUCUGGUUUAUUCGUGAUGGAUGUGGAAUGGUCUGCGCUGUCAUAACCUGGCUACUGGUUUUAUACGCAGACUUUGUUGUGACUUUUGUAAUGCUGUUGCCUUCCAAAGACUACUGGUACUCACUGAUAAAUGGCAUUGUAUUUAAUAGUCUGGCAGUGCUGGCUCUUUCAUCCCAUCUGAGAACAAUGUUGACAGACCCAGGCGCAGUGCCGAAAGGCAAUGCCACAAAAGAGUAUAUGGAGAGUCUACAGCUGAAACCAGGGGAGGUGAUUUAUAAGUGCCCAAAAUGUUGCAGUAUUAAGCCAGAGCGAGCUCAUCAUUGCAGUAUUUGUAAAAGGUGCAUCCGGAAGAUGGACCACCAUUGUCCUUGGGUGAACAAUUGUGUUGGAGAGAACAAUCAAAAAUUCUUUGUACUUUUUACUAUGUACAUAGCACUGAUUUCAGUCCAUGCACUGAUACUGUGUGGCUUCCAAUUUUUCUUCUGUAUCAGAGAGCAGUGGAGUGAAUGCAGUGGCUUCUCACCUCCUGUAACUGUAAUCCUAAUCAUUUUCUUGUGCCUUGAGGGACUCCUGUUUCUUACAUUCACCUCAGUAAUGUUUGGCACUCAGCUUCACUCAAUAUGCAAUGAUGAGACGGAAAUUGAACGGCUAAAAAAUGAAAAACCGACAUGGGAAAGGAAGUUACGAUGGGAGGGAAUGAAAACUGUGUUUGGAGGGCAACCCUCAUUUCUGUGGAUUAAUCCUUUCUCAGGCAUUAGAAUUAGACGACUCAUUCCCAGGACUCUGAAGGGAGGAGCAGAAUUCGCUGUUUGAUCCUGAAGAAGAACAUUUUUGAAAAAGUAAUCUUUCUAAUAUUAAAAUAAAAUUAGCACAAGACUUAUUUCUUUUCUACGUACUGCCUACUAAGGUACUAUGGAUUAAAUAAAUGCUGCCUGUUAAAAUUGAACAUAGUAACCUAAUUAUGAACAAAUGCCUGAAGUCUGGAACUAGUGAACUGACAGAAAUCUCCAUCAGCCUCAUAAGAAUGGAUUGCAAAAAUCAAACCAUAGCUUUGAAAGGGCAGUUGUGUCCUGUUGCCCUACUGUAUAAACCUCUGCAUAGUUGCUCAUCUUGCAGUUUUGCAUAACGUACUAUUUGUGACAUAAUCCCAAAUACUUGGAUGUAAACUACAAUGUGAUUGAUACUUUAGUGACAUUGGUUGAAAUUUUUUUUUUAGCAUCAAGUUUGUAGUCCAUUCCAUCCAACCCUUUCAUCUCGUUUGAAUAAUAAUUUUCAGGCAUUAAAUUUGCGAACUAUUACCUACGAACUGUAUAAGUUAGAAUUGAAUAAUUUCUUUAAUCUGUUUUUAUAUUUUUAUAUAUAUAAAAAGGGAACUCUAAAGAAGGGGAAACUUUAUUUUUUCAGUUAAUGUAUAUUUUUUUUAAUUUCAGGACAGUUUCUUUCCCUCUAUCUGUGGUAUGGGUGGGUGUGCACUGUUUUUUCAAUAAUCCAAAGUUUACCCGAGCAUAAUCACAUUUUUUAAUUUUAUUUAUUGUUUUGUUGAAAUGCACAGAUGAAUUGUAAGUAUAUUAUUGUUGAUGGCUGUUUCUAAAAUUGAUAUAAAAUAUCUU